UUAGGGCACUACAAUGUUAGAACGUAACACAAUUAUAAUUUACACACUAAUAAUAUGUUUAUGUCGAGCGCCUGUAGAAAUUGAAGCAGCAAAUAUUUUGGCAAUAUCAAGUCUACCACAGCCAGCUAAAUAUGGUGUUAUGUCAUCAAUACUUAAUGGACUUAAUGAAAGGGGUCAUCAGAUAACUUGGGUAAUACGAUUUUCUAAACAGUCUCAACUACACAAUAAUAUACGGCAAAUAUUGAUACAAGAACACGAAGAAUUGUAUAAAGAAUUUAUUUCAUUUUCUAUGGAAGAUUUGGAUAGAAGUUUCUUCGCAAAUUUACAAAAUAUUUUUGGUAAAGGUGUCUUAGUCACCUCUGAUAUCAUCAACAAUCCCAGUGUUAAGGAAAUUAUGAAACAUGAACAAUUCGAUUUGAUAAUAUUCGAAACUUUUAUGACGGAGGCUUUAUAUGGCUUGGGGGAGUAUUUUAAUGCUCCCAUGGUUGGUAUUUCCAGUUUUGGCACCUCUACGUCUUUGGAUAAACUGGUCGGCAAUGUCUCGCCCACUUCCUUUAUACCCACAUUAUUUAUACAGCACAUAUUUGAAGUAACAUUUCUGCAUCGUUUCUUAAAUGUGGCCUUAAGUUUGGUGGAUAAAAUGACUUAUGAUUUAUUAUACCUGCCGCAUCAACGCAAACUUUAUGAGGAGUUUUUCCCAAAUGCUACAGUUAAUUUUGAUCAAGCAAAUCGUAAUUUCUCUUUGGUGUUACUGAAUCAACAUCAUUCUAUGCUUUUUCCUCGUCCCUAUUUACCGAAUAUGAUUGAGGUAGCUGGUUUGCAUAUUGAUGAGAGAUUAGAGCAGCUGCCUUUAAAUGUCCAACAAUUUCUAGACGAUGCUCCAUUUGGUGUCAUCUAUUUCCAUUUGGCAGCUGGUUUAAAAACAUUUAAACUGAAUCUCAAUAGCACCUCAAUACUCUUCCAGACAUUUAAGAAUUUAAAUUAUAAAAUAAUAUGCAAUAUGGACAAUAUGUCACCACAAGCUGAGAAAUACAGAAAUAUUCUGCAGGUCUACAAUGUGUCCCAUCAUUCGAUAUUGGCACAUCCCCAUGUUAAAUUGUUUGUAACAAAUGGUGAGCUACUUAGCAUAAUUGACUCAGUUUAUUAUGGCAAACCUAUUUUGGGUUUACCCAUGUUUACCCAUCAGCAUUUUAAUAUAAAUAUGGCCAUACAAAUGGGCUAUGGUUUGGGUUUAAAAUUCAAACAGCUCCACGAAUCGAAACUGCAACAUCUACUGCUAGAACUUUUAAAUAAUCCUAGUUAUUCCAUAAAAGUUAAGGAAUUAUCAGCAGUUUUUCGUGAUCAACCACUGAAACCUAAAGAGAGAGCCCUAUACUGGAUUGAGUAUGUGCUGAGACACAAAGGUGCCGUGCACUUGCGCAGUAAAGGACGAUUUUUAAAUAUAUGGCAAUUUAAUAAUAUUGAUGUUUUACUAGCUUAUUUAGUGAUAUUUGUUGUAAUUGUAUUCGGCAUUUGGAUAACAAUGAAAUGUAUGUAUUUUCUAUUGUUUAGACAUAAGGAAAAUUUGCAAAUAAAAGUUAAAAGAAAUUGA